UCCGAUAACAACCGAAUCGAUCAAUCCGAGACGUUGUGGGAGAAUAUUUUUGCCGCUAUGGAUCCAUUAUAUGUCGUACCAGAGACCAUACUAGGCCAGCUUAGAUGUGCGCUAUGCGAUAGCUACUUAUCGGUGCCUCCUGUAGCACUGAUCUCUGAGGAUGGGAAUCAAUAUAAAUGCGGUAGAUGCAGCUCAAUUAAAACAGUCAUCAACACUCGGGCGACUAUCUACGAAUCGCUAGCCAAGCUCAUGAGUUUUCCCUGCAACUUCGCAGACUGCGGGAAAAAGAUACCGUUCGUCGAUGUCAGAGAUCAUGAGAAAGUGUGCGAACAAAGAACCGUGAUUUGUCCGAAAGCGAAUUGCAAUGAAACUAUUAAAGUGCAGAAAAUUGGAUCGCAUUUCAAAGAAAAGCAUAAUGAUUCUUACCAUCAGAACAUAUUUUUCAUUAAAAACGUGUAUGCUUAUUACAACAUCGAUGUGUUGGAAAAAAAUGGAAAAACGUAUGUUAGCUUUUUUGAUUUUGACGAUGUUAAUUUCGGUUUGAGUGUAUGUUCUACCGAUCCAACCGAUAAUUCUCUAUACGAAAUUAAACUUAAAUCUGAAAAAAGUAAUUUUGGAAUAACUAUCAACAGCCAGAAUGUAAUAUUGUUUAAUGAAAGAGAGCAUUGUUUUAAAUGCGUCAGCAGUACUUGCAAGUCUAAGUUUCAUAUCUACAAAGACAAUAAAAAGGAGAUUUCAAAAAGAAUGACUACUAAAAUUAACAGGGAUUGUGUGAAGAGGAUGUUUGGACCUGGAUUGAUAACUUAUACUAUUAAUAUUGUUGAAGAAGGUAAGGUAUCAGUGAUCUGUCAAUGGUUUUUGUUAUUAAUGGUAUUGGACUCUGUGCUUUUAAAUAUUUCUACAUAUAGAUCUUAAACCUCACCUUUCUACAAAAAAUGGUAGGCAAAAAGAACUAGAUAUAGAAUGAUAAGGAAUAGAGUAAUCAGACGGAAGUCUACUGGCACCAGGACCAAAGAUACUUGGGACAUGCCCUAGGAUGAAAUAAGACAGAAGUACAGUUUUUUUGAAAAACUUCAAGAAAGAAUGAAGCCAAGAAUCAUUUGUGUUUGCAACUAAAAGGAAUGCAAUUCAGUACUAUAUGGGUAUAGGAGUGUAUGGGCCUAGAACCAGGUACUCUGAAAGAGUGGGUAAAUACACAAGCAUCUUACACGCAGAAAUUCACGUCAUUGGGAAGUGUAUCUAUCUCAACAUCGAGAGAAACAAUCGUAGACAAGAGAUUAUCAUCAUGUCCAAUAGCCAAGCAGCUGGAAGAGGAAAAUAUAGUUACUCUCACUUAGGUCUCAGGACAUAAUGGGGUAAAGGGUAACAAGAUUACAGAAUCUCACAAAGAAAUGGGCUCAAACACCCUUUAUGAAAACUGACAGUUUUGUGGUAUCAGCAGUAACACAAUAUUAGAACAGAACAGAAGAAGAACUAAUAAUUGGGACGAUAUCUUGGACUAAGAUACUUUUAGGAAAUUAAAACCAGAAAAGAUCCAAACAUGUAUCUGUCUGAGCAAGAACAGGGAUUAUAACAGGGAUCCUUACCAGGAAUUGCCGACUCAAAGGACACCUUAUUAAACUGAUACUAGUAGAAGAUAGUAAGUGCAGAUUCUGUGAGGAGGAGGAGGACGAAACCUCCAUUAACAUUUUUACUGAAUGUGUAGAACUCCAGAAUUCAAGGGCACUAUACUUAAGAGCAUACCAAAUAGUGUAAUCUACCUAACUUGGAGCCACUCCAAAUCCUAUAUUUUCUUAAGAAUAUAGGAUUGGAAGGGUCGUUAUAGACAUGAAGACAUUCCUUUACUGCAUUAGUAAUAGAAGAGGACACAAUAGAUAUUUUAGGUUGUAGUGUAUACCUCAUACCCCAUACAUUAUAUAAUAUUUUUGAAGAAGGUAAGGUACCCAUGAUCUUUCAGGUGUUUUUGUUAUUAAUGAUAUUGGGCUCUGUGCUUGUAUACAUUUCUACAAACAGAUCAAUCUAUCAAUAUUUCAACUGGCGAACUUCUGAUACAGACACAAAAAAUGUGAAGAAUUCGAGGAAUUUUGUGCAGCACUAUUAGACACUGCAUUUCAACAUUGAGCUCAGAGAAAGUUGUGGUUAAGAUUAUAAACAUACAACAAUAGGUAAAACACUUACAUAUUUUCAAAAGGUUAAUGGAAAAGAACUUCAGCAGCAUGGUAAAUAAUGAUGAGAAAUUCAAAAUAUAUGCGCUAAUCAGUAAAAAAUUAUAGAAACAAGAACAUUUAAAAUGCAAGGACUUACUAAAAAAUCUAAUCAUUGUAAGGAAAAUAAAGAAGCACAUACUAUAUGAGUUAUUAAAAGUAUUACAUGGUAUAAAACUCAGUAAUUAUAAAUAAGAAUAUCCCAGGAAAAAUAAUUAUGAAUUAAAAGAUUACCAAUUAUUUUCUGAUAGAUGGAAACAUAGACACAUGGAAAUUGAUUAUAGUCACACUAAAACACAACUACGAAAUAGGAAGCA